AUGACCGAGCCGUCUGUACGUCAUACAUCGUCUGCUAGUCUUUGGACAAAGGAAUACCAUCUACUUUCUGCUAGUUCUGUAUUGUCUACUGGCAAAGAUGUUAGUGACAAGUCAUCUAAAAGGGAAUGUAUUGAAGAAGUUUUUGAAUGGUUUCAGCAAUUAGACCAACAAAGUGGUAGUGGAGACAUAGUUAUACGCAAAGAAAUGUUCAACCAAUACUAUGAACGUUUGAAGGAGAUGAUAAAUAAAGAUGAACACAAAACUGGUCAAUACUUCAGUGUACCAAGAGUUCAAAUACUAGACACCAGAAGCACAACGGCCGUUUCAAUGUUUAUACAAAAGUUGAAGUUUGCGAUGAAACAGAACCGCAUUGAUACUGCCGUAAUUGGAACAUUAACAAAUGCACUUCCUGAAACAGUUUUAAUUCUCGUGUGCAACAAAGGCCAAGGCGGAUCCACUGAAGUCUUAGUUGAGCAAUGUGUGAAAGAUGUUGAACCUUGUCACUACAACAGAAUUAUCCUUGUUAUUAUGCAUAUUUUGAGAGAGGACAAACUUCCAAAGCUCCCCUCUAGCGGCAAAGUAAUAGGCGAAGAAAGUUUCAGAAAAAUCGGAAUGAUGGUUGAUAUGGGUUUCUACGACAAUACUAUAUAUCAGUGUGAUAUGAAUACGAAAGCCAUUGGAGAAAUGUUGCAGUUCUGUAAACGAUUUCGUUGUUCAGACCCUACAAAAGCAUCUGCCCCUAAUCAGCCACACGAUUCAACUGUUCCUCCUUUAAAGCAAACAACAGAUCCAAUUGUUUCUGCCCAAAAGCAACCAACGGGUUCAAUGGAAUUUGGGAGUGUGCAAGAAAACGUCAUUGGCAUUAAUGACAAAAGAAAUCCCCGCAAUAUGGUAUAUUUAGUGACGCCGUUUGAAACGAAUGCUAUGUCAGCGUUUAUUAAGUUAUUUCAAGCCAGAAUGAGGGAUUUUGGAUUCGAGAUUGAUGAAAAGGAGCCCAGUGAAGCUAGAAACCUCGACCCUGAACCGUUGUUGAUAAUAGUGUGUAAUGCUACAACGCGCAUUGAAUCUAACAUCAACAGUUGCUAUGAUGACAACUUACGAAAAGUUCGAAACAAAACAAUUUUGAUAGCACUGCAUGUAAUAAAGAAAGGAAAAGAGCCAAAAUUGCUUACAGAGACGAAACUAGCUGCUGACAGUAUGUUUCAGAACAGUUCAUUGAAAAAGAUUAUCGACAUUGCUUUUGAUACUGAAGAUGGAAUGUAUGAAUGUACAAUGAACAGGAUUGCAGAAGAUUGUUUUCGUGAUCUUGAUGCAGUUUUAAAAUCCACCACAAACGAACCAAAAUGAACCUUAAAAUAUAGAUUAUUUCUCCCGUCCUUUUGAAUGUAACUUCGUUCUAUGCUUUCAUUGUAAUUAACUUUAUAAUAAGU